AUGGCAAAUGUCAACACACUGCGGCCUUCCAUAGGCCGUCUCGCCACACGCGUAGCCAUCACGCCCACACGAGCCGUCACGGCGCAGUUCCUCUCCUCCACCGCCGCCCCCUUCUCGACUUCAACGGCACAAUGCAAACGCAAGACUCGCGAUAACAACCGCCUUCGUGGCGUCAGCGCCCUUCGGCGUACAGGGCCCCGCGAGCCCCUCUCUGUGUCGUGGGACGAGCUCCCCAAGCCGGUGGACUUCAAACCCAGGAUCGAGACGGACGCGGACCAUGGGCUUUGGGGUUUCUUCCCGGCCGAGGGCAAGCUCAUGAACCAGCCCAAGGAGGACGAGGCGCACGGGCGCGCGUGGACAGCGAAGGAACUGCGUGAAAAGGGCUGGGAGGAUCUGCACGCCCUGUGGUGGUCCUGUUGCCGUGAGCGGAACAGGAUCGCGACGGCCAACGCGGAGCGCAUCCGCGCCCGUAUGGGCUUUGGAGAGCACGAGGCGAACGAGAGGGACCAGGUGGUCCAGCAGACUAUGCAGGGCAUCAAGCACGUCCUGACCGAACGGUACUACCUGUGGGAGGACGCCCGCGAGCUGGCGAAGAACGACCCCGAGGUCGACCUGUCAGGGAACGGUGAGGCGUACCAGCCUUCGUACGAGCGUGGCGAGGACCACCUCGUUGCUGAGCCGAGCGAGGCCACACUCGAGGAGGCCACACGGAAGACCGAUGCAGCUGCCUCCACCGCCAACGUCGAGGGCGUCCAGAUCGACCCUUCAACAUUGCCAGCCGGCGACAAGGCGCCGGUGCAGUCGCAGAAACUAUAA